UCUCCCCUUCCUCUUGCCACCUGACCGCCAGAUCUGACAUCGCACUCGAGCUUGGCUUCGCUGCCGCGCCUCCCAGAUCCCGAUCUCUCCAUGCCUCCGCCCUCUCUACGCUGACACUACCGCCGCCGCGAUGGCGUCGCGCCCGCCCCUCCGCACCGUCUCCACCGCCUCCUACAACUCCUCCACCGACUCCCCCACCUCCGUUGGGCCCCCAGGCGGCGUCCCGCAGUCCAUCACCGCGCUCCUCAACAACCCGCUCCCCUCCGCCGCCUGGCUGCCCUGGCCGCCCCCCACUGCCGCUCUCCCCGACGCGCCUCCCCCGCCGGCCCACCCCUGCGAGGUCACCCGCGCCGACUUCGCGCCCUACAUCGCCGCCGUCUCCGACCCCUUCGCGCGCUUCGCCGAUAUCCGCCUCCACGCUAAAGCUGAGCUCGCCGCCUCCUCUUCCGAGGACGGCAGCGCUCCGGCCGCCUCCGGCCUCGCUGCCUGCCUCCGCGAGGUCCCCGCGCUCUUCUUCAAGGAGGACUUCGCGCUCGAGGACGGGCCCACCUUCAGCGCGGCCUGCCCGCUUCACGACGACGGGCUGCAGGAGCGCCUCGGCCAGCACCUCGACGUCGUCGAGGCGCACCUCGUGCGGGAAAUCGCGCUGCGGUCGGACUCCUUCUACGAGGCGCAGGGCCGGCUGCGUGGGCUCGACGGGGAGAUUGUCACGGCUGUUGGGAGGAUCCGCGAGCUCAGGGAGGUAGUCCGGGUGCUCACGGGGGACCUUGUAGGAGCCGCCCGGCAGGUGCAGGAGCUCAAUGUGAUGAGGGGCAACCUUGUCGCACUGCAACAGAAGCUCACUGUUAUCCUCUACGUCAGCCAGGCACUCGCUGCGCUCAAGCUGCUUGUCGUAGCAGCAGAUUGUGCUGGUGCCCUUGAUGUCAUUGAUGACUUGCAAAAUUUGCUAGAUACUGAUGAACUUUCUGGGCUUUAUUGCUUUCGAAAUAUUCGAGAUCAGCUGGGAACAUCACUAGAUUCAGUGAACAGCAUUCUUUCAGCAGAAUUUGUGCAUGCUGCUGUUCCUGAUGGAAAAGCUAUAGAUGCAAUGAUUUUAUCAAAUGUGAAAAGAAAGUCUUCCAGUCCACUGAGUGGGACAGAGCAUGAGGUAAACAUAGAUGAGGAGGAAAGUUUUAUUCUCAGAGAUCGACUCCUCCCCCUCAUUAUUUGUCUGCUGAGAACGGACAAACUUCCUGCAGUUCUUAGAAUUUACCGGGAUACACUUAUUACUGUUAUGAAAGCUUCAAUCAAAGCCACAGUAGCAGACUUGCUUCCAGUUUUAACUGCCAGACCAAUAGAUUCUGAUUCAGUAACUAGGGACAGAGCUGCUGAUUCUGAUGCUGGAGGCCAGUCCUUAGCAAACAAAUUGCGAAGUCUGUCAUCUGAAGGGUUUGUUCAACUGUUGUCGGCCAUUUUUAGGAUAGUACAGGUACAUUUAGUGCAAGCAGCUGAAGUGAAAAGAAUAGUUGAGUGGAUCAUGGGAAACCUUGAUGGGACCUUAAUUGUUGAUGUUAGUAAUCCUGUGGUACAGCAUGGUGGCUCAAUUUCUGAUGUUUCCCAAGACAAUGAAAAUGGUGUUUCUUCACGGGUCUCUAAUACUCUUUCACGGAGUACUUCCAAGAUCCCAUUCAUCCAAGGAAAAGCAAAUGAUUUGUCCAUUAUUAAUUCAAUAAAGAAUGUCCGGGCUGAUGUCUUGAGAGAAAAUGCUGAAGCAGUUUUUGCUGCAUGUGAUGCUGCCCAUGGACGAUGGGCUAAACUCCUAGGUGUGCGUGCUGCUCUACAUCCCAAGUUAAGGCUUCAGGAAUUCUUGAUGAUCUAUAAUAUAACAGAAGAAUUUAUAGGUGCUACUGAAAAGAUUGGAGGAAGGUUGGUAUACAAUAUUCGUGGAAUCCUACAGCAACAAUCAAAGCAAUUUGUCGACUAUCAACAUAGCGUUCGGAUGACAAAAAUCAAGGCAGUUCUUGACCAAGAGACGUGGGUUGUUGUUGAUGUUCCUGAAGAGUUUCAAGCAAUUGUUCUUUCACUUUCGUCCACUUAUUCUUCUGUUAAUGGCAUGGAGAUGCCUAGCACUGAUGAUAACUCAAAGUUCAGUGAUGAUGGGCCUACAAGUCAGGAACCGACAUAUUCAGCUGAAAAUAAUGCUGAUAAUGCCAAAGUAACAUCUGCAAUUGUCCAUGAAAGCAAUGUCGAAUCCACUUCACCCCAGACUGAAAGUAAUGUUGAUGGAAAUCCUAGGUCAACCUUGCAAACUAUUGUACAUGGAGGUGUUGGCUAUCAUAUGGUAAACUGUGGUUUGAUAUUGUUGAAGAUGUUAUCAGAAUAUGUUGACAUCAGUAAAUGUUUGCCAUCAUUAUCUUUUGAGGUAGUCCAACGUGUUGUGGAAAUAUUGAAGCUUUUUAACACUAGGACUUGCCAACUUGUUCUUGGUGCAGGGGCCAUGCAGGUGUCUGGUCUUAAAUCAAUUACAUCUAAGCAUUUAGCAUUGGCAAGUCAAAUUAUUAGUUUUAUAUAUUCUCUAAUUCCAGAUAUCAGGCGAGUACUUUUCCUGAAAAUAACUGAAGCACGCAAACAUCUGUUGAUGUCUGAACUGGAUAGAGUCACUCAGGAUUACAAGAUUCAUCGAGAUGAAAUUCACAGCAAGCUUGUCCAGAUAAUGAAAGAGAGAUUGCUAGCAAAUCUCAGAAAACUACCUCAAAUUGUGGAAGGUUGGAAUGGACCAGAGGAUAAUGAUUUGCAGACAAGUCAAUUUGCUAAAGCUGUUACAAAGGAAGUAACUUAUUUGCAUCGUAUCCUUUCCCAAACAUUGCUUGAGGUUGAUGUGCAAACAAUAUUCAGGCAAGUUGUUCAAAUAUUCCAUUCACAUAUUACAGAAGCAUUUUCAAAGUUGGAAGUCAGUACUCCUCAGGCAAAGAACAGAUUAUGCCGAGAUGUUCAGCUCAUUCUCGCAUGUAUCCGGAAGUUGCCUACUGAUAACUUCAGUGCGGAAACUAUUCCAAAUUAUGGUCUUCUUGAUGAAUUCUUGGCUGAGAAUUUUGGGACGGCUGUUGGUGAAUGACUGUACAUUAGGAACUGACUCAUGUCUGCAAAUGUUCAAUGGUGGAAAAUAUGGCAUGUGGGAAGUGCUUCACAACAUUGCUAUUUUUGGCAUAAAAUUCUGUGCAGGUAUUGCUGUGCGGGAUAGUGAAAAAAACAGCCUAGCUCCAACGCUGACAUUAAAGUGACAUGCUGAUGCCUCGCACUUCCCAAGACGAAAUUUUUGCGCCAUACAUUUUUUUUUGCUUGUUUCAAUAGUGUUUUGAUCCCCUUUUGGGAAGCUGACAUCUGUUAGAUUCUGGUAUAGAGGGAACCUGAGUUUUUGGCAGCACGACUUAUUCUUUGCAUGGUCCUUCAUGCUGUUAGGUCCAGUGUAUCGAAUACGCUGUCGAGAUGACAGCCUGUGUAUUCCGUUCCUGUAAGGUUUGUAAUUAUUCUUUCUCAGUGCGAAAAUAUGCAAUUGUUAUAUUUUAGUAUAGGCAAAGCUUCAAGCUGUGCAUUGAUAUAUACAGGAAUUAUAUCCAAAUUCGCAUUCAACUGUAA